UUUCAAAUCCUUCCAAUUCGAGUAACCCAAUUAAUGAAUUCAAAUCGCCACCGGAAGUCCACAUCCCCUCCGUCCGCAAAGCCUAAGAUCGUCAAAAGGGCCAUUGAAUCAGUAAUAUCUUAAUCCUUAAUCCUACUCCACAAGUGUCAACAACAACAAGAACAAUCCACCACUUGGCUACUGCUGCUUCUUCUUCUUCAACUAGACGUCAAAAGAGCCACUGGAUCGUUUUGUUUUUCGAUUACAACUCUUGCGAUCUCUCAUUUCCGCUUCAAAAAUGAUGCUUCAUUUUAGGUUUCACAAAGCAACCUCAUGAGACCGCUGAUCUUGAAAGCCAAAUUUCUUCACGCCAUUGGAACAGAAUCUUGUUCUCUCGAUGUCUGUUCAAGAGGUUGAUCCAUUGCUGAAGGAUUUGAAUGAGAGGAAGCAGAGCUUCAGGCGAAAUGUGGUAUCGUUGGCGGCGGAGUUGAAGGAGGCUCGAAGCCGCCUUUCAUCUCAGGAAGAAUCGUUUGCUAAAGAGGCCCAAACAAGGCAGGAAGCAGAGACUAAGGCUAAGAAUAUGGAACAAGCAAUUGAGAGAUUGCAUGUUGAAUUGGAAGAGAGGGAUGAACAGCUCAAGGCUUCUGCAAAUUCUGCCACCAAGUAUCUCCAUGAGUUGGAUGGACUAAGACUACAGCUCGCCGCCGCUCAAGCAACUGCCGAUGCAAGUGCAGCAUCAGCUCGAUCUGCACAGAACCAAUGUGUAGCGCUUUUGAAGGAAUUGGACGAAAAGAACACGUCUAUAAAAGAACACGAAGAUCGUGUGAAAAGGUUAGAAGAACAACUCGACAACCUACAGAAAGAUCUCCAAGCAAGGGAAUCUUCUCAGAAGCAGCUGAAAGAUGAAGUGACGAGAGUCGAGCACGAUAUUACCGAAGCUCUCGCCAAAUCCGGUGUGAGCAAGGAUUGUGAAUUGAGGAAGAUAUUAGAUGAAGUUUCCCCCAGAAAUGUGGAGAAGAUCAACAAGCUGUUGAUUGCAAAAGACGAAGAGAUAACAAAACUCAAAAAUGAAAUCAAAAUGAUGUCUUCUCAUUGGAAGCUUAAAACCAAGGAGUUGGAGUCACAAUUAGAGAAACAACGACGAGCUGACCACGAGCUGAAAAAGAGGGUGUUAAAGCUAGAGUUCUGUCUACAAGAAGCUCGCACUCAAACACGGAAACUUCAAAGAAUCGGGGAUCGACGGGAGAAAGCCAUUAAGGAACUGAGGGAUCAGUUGGCAGCAAAACAAGGAGCCGGUCCUACAACGGAUGGUGAAAAACAAAACUUCUGGGAAUCCUCGGGGUUCAAGGUCGUGGUUUCGAUGUCGAUGUUGAUAUUGGUAGUAUUUUCGAAGCGAUGAAGUAAGUCGUUAGAAUGUAUAGUCUUAGCUCUAGGAAAAGGUAGAGGAAUGACCACUAAACUAAAUGAGACCACCAAGCAUGUAGCUCAAUCAAAUUAGGUGGCUUGUAGGCUUAGUGAGGCCACAUUAGGUGUGAUGUUCCAUGCUUUAUGUCUAUAACACUUACCUCUCCAAUAGGCUACCAACUCAUUGUGACCACUCAUAGCUAGUUGUUCACAAAUUCCUCCUACAACAUCAUGAUUAGCUCGAAACCACCCCUUUCUUUGCUACCAAAUCACCGAGCUCGAUGAUUAUACGAGUUGUUAUAGUUGCAUUAUUUGAAAUAUCACUCCGAGCCAUUACUCUUUCAAGCAUACAUGAUUAAUGUUA